CCCCUCUCCCACUCCCACUCCCUCCAUCUUCCUCCCCUCCCUUGAAAGCAAGAAGGCGGGUACGCCCUCCCCUGUACUCUCCUCUGAAUAAGUGCACGCACAGAGGGCAGAGAGAAAGGAGGACGAGGGGGAAAAAGGAGUUUCACAUGACAACCUUCCUUCCCUUGGAAGGAAACAAAGGAAAAAGCUAGGGCUGUUCUUGUUCAGAAUCUUAGAAAUUCCCACCAGAAGAAGGGAGAAAAAUGGAGAAAGAAACCAAGAGGAACUGGUGGUGUUGAUGGCCAACAUGGGCAUGCUUGAUCCGUCAUGUGUUCUUGGUUUGAGGUUGGAAAUAGAUGCCUCCUUCACCCGUAAGGAGACCCCAGAAAGUCUUAUUGAUCGACAGCAAGUAUAGGAUCUUGUAGUGGUGGUGGGCUAAGACAGAUGCCGGGUCUUGAACGAACAAGUUCUGGGUCUUGUGGGAGCGGGAGGUUGGAAGAGGAAGAUGACGAGUUUAGAAGCUGUUCUGCGGAGGAUGACGAGUGGAGGGACGCGGUGGAGUUCGUAGAUGACUGUCUCGCCAAGAAAUGCUUUCAUGGGGUCGAAGGUUCCUGCGAAUCGGCUGCCGGGGAGGGCUAUUGCAGGCUCUACUUCAAAGGGGUAUCUGUUGGACCUGAGGCCGAGAGCGUUUCGGCAAUUGGGGUCGUCCUGCAAGUGGCAUCAGAGGAUUCUCCUGUGCAAGUUCAGAAGAAGCUCGAUUUCUACGUUGAGGAGUCUGUGGUCGAACAUCUCGCGUUGCUGGACGGACUGUUGGCUGCGCUCCAGAACGGCAUGCACCGGAUUUCGGCGUUCACGGACUCGGAGGUGGUCUAUGAUCUGAUUGCGAAGUCCGAGAUGGCGGAAAAUCAGCUGUUAGUGGCGCUUAAGCAGAGAAUUUUGGAGCACGCCAGUAAGUUGGAAGCAUUCGUUCUGGAACUCGUACCCAGCCGUGAACUCAAGGCACCUCUGAAAUUGGCUCGAGAAGCGAUCGGUGUGGCUUGUUUGUCUGUAGACGGCUUGCUUGGAGAUUCAGAUUGUCCCAUCUGCUGUGAGGAGAAAGAGCCAUGGCAGUUGAUUUCUAUUGGCUGCUUCCACAAAUUUUGCACACACUGCAUGGUAAAAUAUGUCGAUGGAAGGUUAAGAUCUGCACAGAUUCCUAUUAGGUGUCCGCAACUAAGAUGUAAGCAUUACAUCUCCGCUAAGGAGUGCAAAUCCUUUCUGCCGGCUGCUUCUUAUAAAUCUCUCCUAAAAGCACUGUCGGAAGCAAACAUUCUUAGCACGGACAAAGUUUCCUGUCCAUUUCCAAACUGUUCAUAUGUGCUUAGCACAAACUAUGUUUUACCUGUGAAUACAAGUUCAGCUAACCAAUCAGAGAUCAACAACGUUCUUUGUAUCCAGUGCCCAGAGUGUCAAAGGUCAUUUUGUCUUAGAUGUGCUGUGCCAUGGCAUCCAUCGAUGAGUUGUGAUGAAUACCAUAACCUUCAUAUGGAGGAUGGUAGAUAUUUUAACUUUCCCAGGAGAGAAAGGGAUGUAGGAGAUGCUGCACUUGAUGAAUUAGCAAAUAAUAAUAAUUGGACACGUUGCCAGCAGUGUGGCCAGAUGAUCGAGCUUACCCAGGGUUGCUACCACAUGAUCUGCUGGUGUGGCCAUGAGUUCUGCUAUGCGUGUGGUGCUGAAUACAGGGAUAAUCAGCAGACUUGUCAAUGCAUCUUCUGGGAUGAGGACCACACAGUUAGUGACUCUCAAGAAUCAGAAUCCUGGAACUGGGCUCACCUUGAUGAGCAUCUUACCUUAACUGAUUUUUAUACAGAAUAUGAGCUUUCCCAGUUGCAAUUAAUUCAGAAGUUCCUUGCUGGUGGUUUUGAUUUUAAUGACCUCCCCUGUCAACCUCCAUCUCAAACAAAGAUGGAUCCGUAUGUUGACACGAUAAAGGAACUUCCCUGGCUUGAAAGGUUUGUAUCUGUAAUUAGUGAUUCUUAUGAUGACUAUGCUCACUGAAUCACUGGAACCAUGGUACUUUGUUAAUAACUUGAAACAUCCUUUUUCUCUUCCA